AUGCUUCACAAGCUCACCCGAACACUCAUUCACCAACAACAGCUUUCAACAACCCAAACUCUUGCUUCUUUGAUAUUGAAAAGUAAUAUUUAUCCAUCUUUUUUAAAGUUGGAUUAUACACAACAUCGAUUCUUUUUGAAAAAGUUAUUUGGAAAAGAAACUAAUAAUUCCACAUCUCCGAAUGACAAUGAUAAACAAUCGGAAUUUUUGAAAGAAAGAGAAAAAUUAGCAACACAUUUAAAAAACGAAAGAGAACAAAUCUAUGAUGAAAUUAAUAGAUAUUCUCCUUUGAAAGAAAUUAAAUCAGUUUUGAAGCAUAAGGGAAAGCUUUUUAUCAGCACGUCAGGACAAUUAACAGCUCCAGAAAAAAGCAUUGUAUUUCCUUCACCUGACGCCUCUCUUGGAGAUGGAAGAAACAAAGUAGCGAUUAGAAAUUUAAAAGGAGAGCAAGUAGAUCUAUUGAAAAUGAUAAGAAAUUGUAGAGCUACAUUAUUGUUUGUAAAUUUUACCGAAUAUGGAUCUAACAUGACCAAAGAAUGGAAAGAGGCUUUUGAUGAAUUUCAAAAACGUUAUACUGAACAAUCAGGAGCAUCCUCUAUUCUCAAAGCGCAAUGUAUUGAUUUUAGCAUCAGUGAAAACUAUGUGAUUGCAUGGCUUGAAUCGGUGGUCAUGAAUAAUCUCAAAUCAAAGAUUGCACCUGAAAUGCACGACAAGACAUUGGUCACAUUUUUAAAGAGUAAUAAUGAAACAUACAAAUUUAAGGACAUGAUUCAAAUCACAAAUAGCAAAACAUGCUACGUUUUUGUCAUUGACCAACAAUGUAGGAUUAGAUGGAAAGCUGUGGGCCUUCCCGAAGGAAAAGAGAAGGAGUUUAUGAUUUCGGCUAUCCAACAGCUUGUGGCUCAAACAGAACGAAUCAAAUAA